CCGAUGUCUGACACUGUCGGCACUCGGUCGUACCAGAGAAACCGAAGCGCUGGAUUCAAGUGUUAAAGCCGGCUCGCCGUGGCUCUGAGAGACUCAGUUCCUCCGGACAGCUGUGAUGGGCUGUGGUCUGGAUGGCUGACGGACAGGGUCGCGGACCAAUCACAUGACAAGAUGCUGGCUCGCAACCGCUUCCUCCUCCUGGUGGUGGUGGGCGGGGCAGCGCUGGCCAUCAUCAGUCUGAGCCUUCAGUUCUUGAACCUGAUCCCCACCACUCCCAUAGUGGAGGAGCGACCCUUCCAGGCAAUAGAUGGAGGCCUUGCGAUGGCUCUGGGGAAGAGCAGAAAGAGAGUGUUCCCGGUGCCUCACACCCAGGAGCCCAACCCUAUAUCUGAGGCCUACGGCUACUGCAACACUCCCAACCGCAGCGAACAGGCCUGGGAAGGUCACAGUCCUGCCGACUACAAGCUGCUCUCUGUCCAGGUGAUGAUUCGCCAUGGAGACCGUUACCCACUGUACUCCAUCCCCAAGACCAAACGACCCGCCAUCGACUGCACCCUGUCCAUCAGCAGGAAGCCUUCCCACCCCCUGCUGAACUCCUUCAUCAGUCACAUGGGCCAGGGAGGGCAUGGCCACUGGGAGUCGCCACUGGGCUCGGUUCCCCGUCUGCCCAACCACAGUGUCUGUGAGAUGGGAGAACUCACACAGACAGGUGUGGUGCAGCACCUACGCAAUGGGCAGCUGCUCCACCAAGCCUACAAGCGUCACAACCUCCUCCCCUCUGACUGGUCACCCCGCCAGUUGUGGGUGGAGACCACAGGUAAGAGCCGGACUCUGCAGAGUGGACUUGCCUUCCUUUACGGUUUCCUCCCAGACUUUGAUUGGACAAAGCUGACUGUGCGUCACCAGUGGAGCACGCUGUUCUGCGGCUCGGCCUGCGACUGCCCUGCCAGGAACAGAUACCUGGAGGAGGAGCAGAGGAGGCAGUAUCGGCUCCGGGUGGCCGAUACUGAGCUGGAGAGGACUUACGCCAACAUGGCACGGACUUUGGGUCUGCUUACCCGCCAGCUCCGAGCUGCAAACCCUAUAGAUUCCCUGCUGUGCCACCUGUGCCACGACCUUUCUUUUCCAUGCGUUCCCCUGGGAGAGAGUGGCACAGGUGGCUGUCUGACAGUGGCACAGUUUGCCGUGAUUCGUCGGCAGCAGCUGGAUGAUGAGGUUGAUCGGAGAAGAGUGGGGCUGUACCACAAAUACGCCAUUCUGGCUAUGUACCCCUACCUCAACCGAACCGCUGCCAAAAUGGAGCGUGUUGCCAAGGCUAAUGAGGCUGGCCGACAGCCUCGAGCCGGGGGUGAGGAGGUCUUCACCCUCUCUUCAGCUCAUGACGUCACCAUGGCCCCUUUGCUGAGUGCCCUGGGGCUGGAGGAGGCCAGGUUCCCACGUUUUGCAGCACGAGUGGUGUUUGAACUGUGGAAGAGUCCCCCAGCGACUCAAGGGCAGCUGAAGAAGAGAGCUGGCAAAGGUGAUAAGUCAAAAGUGAAAGAUGGGGAACUGUUCAUCAGGGUGCUGUACAACGGCGAGGACGUGACAUUUCAUACCACCUUCUGUCGCUCCCACGACCGCCAUGCCAGCCAGCCCCUCUGCCCACUGAAGAACUUCCUGUCUUUUGUAAGGAAAGACAUGUUCAGUGUUGUCAGUGCUAGUUCCUACCAUGGGGCCUGCUACAGACGCCCUGAUUGACAGAUGAACAGAUGGAGAUGAGGGUGAAUGAGGAAGGACGCGGAGUUGGCAGAUGGUUGCGCUUUCCUUGUUUUCUAGUUUUCCACUUUUGAAGAUGGUGCACUUUUAUGCUGCUCAUAGUGUCUUAAAAUUCCACAUAUUUUUUAAAUGUAGUCCUUAACAUCCAUGAGCACAAAGUGAGUGGCAAACACACACAGUACUCAUCAUAUCUUGGUCGAAGGUCUUCGGUUUCUAACCUUUUUUACACACUUCUUUAAAUUUCUCUUUUGAAUAUUAAUGUCUGUUUUCUAAAGCAAAUCUGUCAGAGAAACAGUUGAAGGGGAGCUGUGCGGCACUUAGCCACUUUAUUCCUACAUUCCAUAACAUACCAUGGAAUUGUAAAAUUCCAGGAUUCCCAAAUACCUGCAAAAAAGGGACUAUCAAUGCUGGAAAUACUAUGCUGGAUUAAACAUUCUUGGGAAAUAUUUUGUGUAUAAUAAGGUUUUCAAUGAAAAUACGCUUUGGGCUAAUUUGGGCCACAUUUCUCAAUACGACUUGAUUAAUUUGUUACUUAACGUUUCUCUUUGAGUUUUAAUGUUUAUUCAUUUCAGUAGCUGUGUCUGUAACAGCAAGGUUUGUUUCUACUUUCACUCACUGACGUGGAUCUUUGUUAAAACCGACUGUGGUACUUUGAAACUGGCAAGUGAUUUUUCCUUACAUUCAUUUACAACUGCAGGACGUCUGUAUUUAUAUUAACUUGUGAUAUAACUGGUCAUAUUCCACGCUUUGUUUUUGCUUGACAGAUACUAAAUCUAAUUGUAAUCUAAUUUUCAUUCCGUGUAGACAUUUAUACUGUAAAGCAGAUGCAGAGUAAAAUAAAUACUCAUGUUUUCACUGUAAA